GCCCGACGUCGCGGCACUGGCCAUGGGGUACCUGCAUAGCCGAGCUCACCUGGAUACCAUGCUCCCCUCCGAUGGCAAGUUGCAGAGAUGGGAGAACUCACGUUGGUCCUUCUUGCUUGGGCGGCGCCUGUUCGGGGGCCACUGGGUCCCGGUUGGCCAAGCUGGCACUGGAAUCGCUGCGUGGGGUGGUGCGCAACUUCCACGCCACCAUGUCAUCCGCCCCAAUGCUCCAGCUCGACCUGCACAAGGUACGGAGUUUCGAGCAUUUCAAGGGUCCGGGCAUCGACUGGGCUCCUGA